AUCAGAUUAUUUGCACGAACUUUCCCAAUCUUCCUCUGCAAGCAAUCCGCUGGCAUUGAGCCAAACCAGAUUGACUGGUGAACCCUCAGCUCAUUCCUUCGUUCAUAUUGAGGGCUUCGGUCACUACUUAUUCCAUCCUCAAACAUUUCAUCAGCUACUUGAGGAAAUGAUUGGGAAUCUUCUGAAGUCAAACCCACAUGUGGCCAAUGAGCUGCUUGAAUACAAGGGCCUAGCCAUUGCGCCUAUGGAUUCUGCAUACAUUGUUCUUCAAAAUAGCUUGAACUCGUGCUCUAGUUUAUGCCAACGUUCAUGCGCCAGAAGGCUACUCUAUCUUCUUCUUCUUCUGUUUCCCAUUUGAUAAAAGGAAUGAGAAGUCAAAACUCAGUGCUCUCCAACAAAACUGAAGGCUGUGUGCAUGUUACUACUGAUCAUCAUUCUGAAAAAGCUAGUAGAUCUCCAACUAUACCAGACCUUAAUUCCCUGUUCUUUUCACCUUCGGAAAGCCCUGAACAGCCUAAUGGUUUUAUAGCUAAUAUGAACACCAAUUAUUUUAUGAACGGAGAGGGGGAUAUAACUUAUCAGAAAUCUAUUCAUAGCUCUACAAAACUAAAUGAUAAUUGCCCUACUUCUGGUGCUCUGCGUUAUGCCCUACAUGUUCGUUUUCUAUGCCCCUUUUCAAGGAAAUGUUGCAAAGCAGUGCAAAGAUGUCAAUCGGAUCCCUUUUCGGUGCCAAAGAGAAAUAAUGGAGCUGUUGAGGGAGAGCGUCACUUCUAUUUGUAUAAUGAUAUUAGAGUAGUGUUUCCUCAACGCCAUUCUGAUGCAGAUGAGGGCAAGGUAUGUGAUUUUUUUUUUUUUUUUUUUUGUGCUGGAACUAAUCGAAAUUCUAGUAUCUUGUGA